AUGCAAGUAGCUAAAGUCAUUGCUAUUAUAAUGACUUUAUUCUUGCUUAUUUUCAUCAUCCAAUUAUUCAUGUAUCCUACUGUUAAUACAUUAGAGUUCAAAACUCAUGAAAAUGGUCCAAUUCCAACACAUAAAGAAGAGGUACUAAUUGACGAAGAGGAAGAAAGUUUUUGGGCUAAAGCAGAAGUCAUUCCACAAUCACACUCAUCCAAACGAUAUUGUAUUGCAAUAGUUCCACCUGAAGGUGUGAAAGUUAUUAGUACACCUUAUCACCCAAAUAUUGAUUUCAUCACAUCACAAUACACUGCUGAGAACAUUAAAGCAAUGUGGCCAAGAAAAGGAUUUUAUCUUGGUAAUUUUGAUAUUGA